CUCGAAUACGUUUUGAUGUCUGCUGUGAGUACGUGUCUACCGCCGUUGGCAGCUGCGCUGUAGCAGAUUCCGGUGUAACGGUCGCGAAAUAACCCUACCCGCCCGAUCACAGUUUCUAUCGUCUCCCGUACACGUCUCCCUGCGUCACCACGUCAGUAUACCAACUUUUGUGCGUAUUGUCUAAGCCCAGCCGCGUGUUUACGGUUUACGUUUGAUGCUAUUGCCCUAGGUACUACAAUAUUUUCCGUUGGCACGGUCAAGUUGGUACGACCCAUUCACCGCUUGCUGUCAGAUCCAAAGGUCGGUGUAUGCAUGACCCUGCAGUGCUGGUUCCCGUGUUAAAUCCGGAGCGAGAGCGAGAGUGAGCGAACGAAAAAAGGUGAUCCCAGCGGGAUAGUGCGACGAACGGUGGCUGCGAGAGGGAGAAAGCAUUGAAAAUCCCUGCUUCUUGUUAGUGGUUGCCACAAAUAAGCCAAAUUUUUCUCAGCAACUCCACAGCGUGAUCAAGAAUUGGGCGCUAAUCAAAGCGAUUUGGGGCCCUGUUUAAGGAAAAAACGACUAGAACGUCUCCCCUCUGGACCAGGCAAGAAUUUGGAUUUCCGUUUAAACCGUCCUACGGUCUGCUAGAACGAAGGAAAACUUCAUAACCAACACUAUUAUCAGCAACACACGGGCCACGGGCAUUGAUCAACGGUAUUGGCCUCGGGCCCACCACUGCCCCUAUUCGCAGCCCAAUCCAAGUUCAUUGCGGCCUAGGAAACUGCGAGUAUUCGAGGCAGGGAAUCACCACACCGCAUUAGGAGAAAUUUCGAUUUGGUGUGUGUCCGCUACGUCCACACGUACACUCUUACACGGGCACCCUUGGUCGAGGAAGGUGAAAAGGGCGCAAGGAAAUCAGCGAAAAAGUUGGAAGAAAAACCGCAAAAACGUAUUCCGUCAAACGGGUGUAAAGGGGAAGUAAAGAGGAAGUAAAGGGGAAGUAAAGGGAAGGAAAAUCGAACCGCUAGUCAGUGGUCUGCCAGUGGUGUGUUGUGUGCCGAUUAAGCGCGCGCGUGUGUGUUGUGCGCUUCUGCCGCCAUCGUGUGUUUCCUGCCUAGAGAUCCCUUAACUAAUCGACGAGAGGCGACAAACAUGGCGAAACCAGCCCAGCUCUUAAUUAUUGAACCGGCAACCGAGCUCAAAUUCCAGGGACCGUUUCGAACGGCAGUUGCAUCGUAUAUGCGGCUUACUAACCCCACAGACCAUGAUAUUUACUUCAAAAUCAAAACGACCGCCCCGAAGAAGUACUGCGUGCGGCCGAAUUGUGGCCUGCUGGAACCGCGCGAAUCACAGGAAAUCGCAAUCGUGCUCCAGCCAUUCAUUUUCGAUUCGAACGAAAAGAACAAGCACAAGUUCAUGGUGCAGUCGAUGGUGAAGCCGGAGGACGAGGAAAUCAAUCUGGAGGAGCUGUGGAAGAAAUAUCCGGAAAAUCUGAUGGACUCGAAGCUACGUUGCGUGUUCGAUUGUCCCGUCGAGGCAAACCAGGCUACCCCGGCAUCGGCAACGACAACGGCGACAGCCUCCAACAGUGUCGCCCCAGUUGCCCAUCCAACGAACGAAGCUGUUUCUUCUAGUGCAGCGCUCUCUAACACGCUGGCAACAAGCAACAUUGGCAUUUCGAAUGAUGAGCAGCUUAUGGGUGACGAAAUGGCACUUGUAAAGGAAAUGAAAAGACUAAAGGAAGAGGAAAGUGCUCUACGCCAGGAGAACUUACAGUUAAAGGAACAAGUCUUACAGUUACGCACGCAGGUGGAUGCCAGGGCCAAGGAACAGCCAUCAGCGGCAGCCCGGGCCGCCAGUAGCACCACAGGAUCGGUAUAUUAUCAGAAUCCGUAUUCUCCACCUCCUUUGCCCGUUAACCAGCAGCCUAUCAUUUACGGCAUAUUGGCCCUCGUCAUGUGUUUCGUCGGUAUACUUCUCGGCAAGCUCCUUUACAGCGAAGCGGCUAGCAAAUAAAGUUUAAUACAGCAAUGAUGAUGGUGGUGGGGUGGUGGUGGCGGUUCGUGCUGAUAUUGGUAGUGUUGUUCCAGCGGUGCUUGCGGUGGUUGGAGCGCGUAAAGCAGCACUAGAACCAGUGCGAUCGAUGUCCUAUCAAAUCACGUUGACACUUGCUUAAUGCUGUGGCACAAAUGGGUUUGCUAAACAAUGGAUGCAUUUUUGAUUCGAACUAACUCUGCUUCAUCUUCCUUCAUACAACAAGUUACCGUACGGUUCGGCCAUGAUCAAACGGACGAGAUUCGAUAGGAAAAGGUUAAAGUGCAAAUGGCGAAAUAUAUGUGGGAAAUGGCAUAAAAUGAAUAGAAGGGGACGUAUUUCAUUAUCGGAAGUCAUACGCAAACCGCAAACCAUAAAUGAUUUACAUAGGAAUGCUGAGAAGGCGAUGUGUAGGUUUGAUUUGUUGCGCUGGCGUGGAAACAUCCAAAAGCAGUCAAACGAUUAUAAAAUGAUUACAACUAGUGCAAGACAAUGCGCGAUAUUUUCAAUAUGAUAAUACUGAGAAUUGUCCUCAAAACGCCUGCUCGGUAGCAGUGAUUCUUUCGCAGUGGGGACAAUAGCUGUAGGCAAUAGCAUAUAUCAGCAACAGCCUAGCCGCGCAGAGAUACAUUAUUAGAACAUCCCGGCUCUUUUCUGUUUCCAUUAGAUCCAUCUUUCUCUCUUCUCUCUCAUAGCUGCCAACCUUUCCUAACUUCUCUCUCAGCUCGGGAGGAUCAGCUUUUUACCAACAUUUCUUAAUUCUCUUCAUCCCAAAACACCUCCAACUCAUUUUUUUUGUUGCUCCAGUACGGAAUGGUUAAUGUUUCAGUGCAUUUAUAUUUUUUUUAUUUCUGCUCAUCUUCUAUAACACUGAUUGAGUAUCGACAACAACAAACAUAUUUCACAUGCAAAGAAUCCAUCCGCCCCCAUCUGGAGUUUAUACUAGCAAAUAUCCAAUAGAACCCCGGCAAACAGGAAAUCUGACCGUUGUUUGUGCAAGUGUGAAGGAAAAGAGUAUAGUAAUAAGUGCAAAUAAAAACCGCUAAUUUGUAAAACA